AUGGAUACUUCAGCAAUCGAAGCACUUGAAAAGCUGAAACAUUCUCUAAGCUCAGAAACUAUACUGGUACGUCGUGAGGCUCCUAUAGCUAUUAUGACAGAUGCAUCAGAUGUCGCCGUCGGCGCAGUUCUUCAACAAUUCUCUGCUGGGAAAUGGCAACCUCUCUCCUUUUUCUCCAAACGUCUAGACGCUACUCAAUCAAGAUAUAGUGCAUUCAGUAGAGAAUUACUAGCAGUCUAUCUUGCUGUUAAACAUUUUCGUCAUAUGGUCGAAGGAAUACCGUUUACUAUCAACACAGACCACAAACCUUUAACCAAAGCCAUGAACGAAGAGCACGAUAAGUACUCACCAAGAGAGCUCUGACACCUUGAGUUCGUUUCUCAGUUCACUUCAGACAUUAGAUUCAUCAAGGGACAUAAAAACGAG